UUUGUCCAAUAGUUACUUAGCUAAAGCCCGCGUGUCUCCCGGUCUGGACCAAUCAGCGCCGCGCUGGCUCCGGCAGUUCCUUUAUAAAGCCGCUGCUCAGCCCGAGCACUAUUCUUUCUUGAGCUGUGAACACAGAGAAGACUGAGAAACUAAAAUGGCAAGAACCAAGCAGACCGCUCGUAAGUCCACCGGAGGCAAAGCCCCCAGGAAGCAGCUGGCCACCAAGGCUGCCCGGAAGAGCGCCCCGGCCACCGGCGGCGUGAAGAAGCCUCACCGUUACAGGCCCGGUACCGUGGCUCUGAGAGAGAUCCGUCGCUACCAGAAGUCCACGGAGCUGCUGAUCCGCAAGCUGCCCUUCCAGCGCCUGGUGAGAGAGAUCGCUCAGGACUUCAAGACCGACCUGCGCUUCCAGAGCUCCGCCGUCAUGGCUCUGCAGGAGGCCAGCGAGGCCUACCUGGUCGGCCUGUUCGAGGACACCAACCUGUGCGCCAUCCACGCCAAGAGGGUCACCAUCAUGCCCAAAGACAUCCAGCUGGCCCGGCGCAUCCGCGGAGAGAGGGCUUAAACUCACAUUAGGCUA